AUGCUGGCAGAGACUUUCUUAACAACCUCCGUUUCCGAUGACAUCCUACGCAUACAGAAUUACACCCUGGUCAGACGCGACAGGCCAACUCAUGGCGGAGGCUUAGCAGCAUAUGUAAGAGAUCAUCUCCGAGCCCGAAUUGUGAAGGCUGACACCCAGGUAGAAAUGCUCAUGUUAGAGGUCAGCGGGCAGCGUUCCAAGGUUCUCCUUGGUGGUGUGUACCGUCCUCCAGGCACUCCUGUGCAAUUCUGGCAAGACUUGACGAAUGCACUAGACGCUUUCGUCUCCACACUUCCCACGUCACCUCUGGUCCUUGUUGGAGACUUCAAUGUCGAUGUAAGCUCCCGCGCCAGCCCCCAGCUAAACAGCUUGCUGCACCUGUGUAAUUCUUUCGACAUCAAGAACCAAGUGGACGGUCCUACCAGAGUUGGACCCCAGGGCAGCCAAACAACCCUGGAUCUCGCUCUGGUUGGAGACGAUCAUGUGAACUCUUGUGUCGUAGUACCUUGUACAAUCAGUGACCACUUCGCUCUGGCACUUGAUUUGCGCCUCACAACGUCCUGCACACCGACCGUGCGACGUGGCCGUAACAUUGCAAGAAUUGAUAUGUGUCAAUUUGCACAUGGCCUUCUAAAUAGCGAUCUAGAGAACUUCUGCUUUGCGCGGACGGAAGAUGAAAUGUGGGAUAUGUGGCUGGAGAAACUUGUCGCUGUCUUGAACACUCAUGCUCCUAUCCGUCUACACCGCCCUAAAGCUCCUACCCGGAAAUCUUUCCCCUGGAAGACGCCAGCUCUACAUGACCUAGUCCAGCGACGUGACGCGGCCCAUCGACGGUGGAAAGCAUCACCUGCAGACCCGGCUCUAAUCAAUGUCUUCACUUCUGCCCGAGACGAAGCCAAGCGUAUGUCACGACAUCUCCGAGCCACCUACUUUAGGGACCUUCUUGCUGCUAGACAGGCCAACGCACGAAAAACCUGGCAGACCAUCAACUACCUCAGCGGUCGUAACAAGUCCUCAGUUCCACCAGCCGUCAGUGUCUCACAGCUCAGUGACCAAUUCAGCGGUGUUGUGUCAGAUCCAACUAGACCACUACGUCUCUCAGCCCCAUUGGGUCCCACGAAGAAGGAAUGCCUCGAAGAAUUUGCUCCAGCAAGUGUGCAAGAGAUCGCUAAGCUGCUCUCCAACAUCGACAUGCGCAAAGCUGCAGGCAGCGACCAGGUUCCAGCUGCAAUCCUCAAACACUGUUCUCCUGUCCUUGCACCGUCCCUCACCAUACUAAUCAACGCAUCUCUGGCUUCUGGUGUUGUUCCUGCAUCUCUGAAGAUUGCGGAUGUUCGUCCCUCUUCAAGUCAGGCGACAAAGCUGUCGCUAAGAACUAUAGACCAAUAUCGUUAUUACCAAUAG